AUGUGGGGCUGGGCCGAUAUGAUCAUUUGGGCUGUGACUGUCUUGAUGAUUGGCAACGCGAUAUGCAAUCCUUUCGGUAUGUUUUCUUUCUACUCUUCAGGCCGCUCUAACAAGCUAGCGCGGCAUUUUGGCUUCGGGAGAGACGUAUGGAGGCUUCCCUUCUCUCAUACGACCGCCGCCAAUAGAAUUUUCUUCAUCGGCGGAGUGAUCUAUGUUGCCGCUGUAGCUAUGACGAAGAUGGCAUUCCUUCUCUUCUACAUCCGCCUCUUUCCCACGUUGAAGUUCGGCCGAAUAGCGUAUCCGCUGCUUGCUCUCACCUUCGUUCAAGGCACUAUCUUCACCUUCCUCUUCCUCUUCCAGUGCAGUCCUAUCAACUAUGCAUGGUUGCAGUGGGACGGUGAGGCUGAUGGGACUUGCCUCAACUUUGAUAUCGGCGCCGCAAUACACGCAAUCGUCAAUAUAAUCCUCGACUUUCUCAUUUUCGCUUUGCCGGUAUUCCAAUUACGAAAGCUGAACAUGUCGAAAAAAAGACGGUGGCAAGUGUUGUUAAUGUUCGCUGUAGGAUUCUUUGUCACCCUUAUCAGCAUUGUCAGACUUACGAGCCUGGUGCAUCUCGGUGAUAGCAUCAAUCUAACCUAUGACUAUAUACCUCUCGCCUACUUCUCAGACCUUGAGCUCAACAUCGGAAUCGCUUGCUUUUGCAUGCCUGCAGCUCGCGUUGUAAUACGACGUUUUUUUCCUAAUUGCGGGAUCGCCACAACCGGCCACGACUCCGUCGAGAACAAACCUACAAACAGCCGUAUUAACCACGCAGGUCCGUUGAGAGACAGAGGCUACAGCUUGUCGGACUCGGCAGGGUCGGUAUUGACAGGAAGUGAACCUACGGCGAAGGUGCCCAAGAAGGUCUCUACAAGACGUCCACCUCAAGAUGAGGACUCGGAUCAGGUUGAGUUGGUUCCGUACGGACAAGAAGUGUCAGGAGCUAGGGUUUGGACAUAG